AUGUCUAGCUUAUCCUCUUGCCUUUCCCUAACCAAAAACCUUGUUCAUGCUUCCCUUUCCAACAACAACAACAACAAUGGCUCACCACCACCUCCACCACCUCUCCAAGCCAAUCCCACCAAACCUCCAUUGAGCAGCAGAAACCAGACCCCAACAGUUCUACCAAGAAAGAAGCAGCAAAACCAACCACAACGCAAGCCAAGGCAGCCUUCUGUCAUCGAAAUCGAACGUGCUAUUGGUGCCGGCAGAUUUCGUGAUGCCGACCCCAGGGAUUUGGAAGAACAGAAGAAUGCUAAAUUCGACAUGUCAAUGAUGAACUUUCCUAGCAAGUUUGAAGGGCCAGUGGAGAAGAAGCUUCGCGAGACAGGAGAGUGGAUAACCAAUAAACUGAAAGAGGCUUCCGUUUGUCCGGCAAGAAAAUUCUGA